UAGUAGUGUGAAGCCUGAAACAAAAACACUAAAAACAACUCGUGAAGAAUGGCAGAGGGCGGCGUGGAUGAGCUUUCACAGCUUGAAUACCUGUCUCUGGUGUCCAAGGUGUGCACGGAGCUUGACAACCAUCUGGGAAUAAGUGACAAAGAUCUAGCUGAAUUUGUCAUCAGUCUCGCUGAAAAAGAGCCGUCCUUUGAUGGAUUUAAAGCUCUUUUGCUGCAAAAUGGAGCCGAAUUCACAGAUUCUCUCGUCGGUAAUUUGCUCAGACUCAUUCAGACUAUGCGACCCCCAUCCAAGGGUUCUACAAGUAAAGCAGUAUAUGAAGAUGUGGUCAAGCCGAAGUCAGAAAAAGAAAAGUUGAAGGAGUUGUUUCCUGCGCUGUGUCGGGCAAAUGAUCCGGCACCAAAGAAACUACUCGACGAAGAUGACGUGAAAGUAGCAGCUGAUGCCAUGAAAGAGCUGGAGAUGUUCAUGCCCAGUGUCAGCGUGCCAGAAACGAAACCCAGCAAGAGCAGGUCAGAAAAGAGCAGACGUCACAGCCGCAGUCGCAGCAGAAGCAGAGAAAAGGACAGACACAGGGAUAGAGAUAGAGACAGAGAUCGGGACAGAGACAGAGACCGUGACAGGGACAGGAAGAGGCGUCAUCGCUCUCGCUCUAAAUCCAGGUCUCGCUCCAGAGACCGCGAUCGUCACAGAGAGAGAGACCGAGACAGAGACCACGGCAAACGAAGGGAUAAAUCUUCCCGUUGGACCGAACGCUCGCCGAGCCCCAGAAAGGACCAAGAAAAAGACAAAGACAAAGAAAGAGACUCUGACCGCUGGAAGGACAAACACGUGGACCGCCCUCCGCCAGAGGAGCCGUCUGUCGGUGACAUCUAUAACGGCAAAGUGACCAGCAUCAUGCAGUUUGGAUGCUUCGUUCAGCUGGAGGGACUGAGGAAACGAUGGGAGGGUUUGGUACAUAUUUCAGAGCUGCGUAGAGAGGGCCGCGUGGCCAACGUUGCCGAUGUGGUCAGCAAGGGCCAAAGAGUCAAGAUCAAAGUGCUUUCAUUCACCGGCUCCAAGACCAGCCUCAGCAUGAAGGAUGUGGACCAGGAGACGGGAGAAGAUCUAAACCCCAACAGGAGGAGGAACGUAGGCCCUGAUGGAGGGGAGGAGAUAACCAUGAGGAACCCCGACCGGCCGAGCAACCUGAACCUGGGCAACGCCCCCGAGAUGGAGCAGGAUGACACACUGGAGCGCAAGAGGCUCACCAAAAUUUCUGAUCCGGAGAAAUGGGAAAUCAAACAGAUGAUCGCUGCCAACGUUUUGUCCAAGGAGGAGUUCCCUGAUUUCGACGAUGAGACAGGAAUCCUUCCUAAAGUUGAUGAUGAAGAGGACGAAGACUUGGAAAUUGAGCUUGUUGAAGAGGAGCCGCCUUUCCUGAGGGGACACACCAAACAAAGCAUGGACAUGAGCCCUGUAAAGAUUGUCAAGAAUCCAGAUGGCUCUUUGUCCCAGGCGGCCAUGAUGCAGAGCGCUCUGGCGAAGGAGCGGCGAGAGCUGAAGCAGGCGGCACGCGAGGCAGAAAUGGACUCCAUCCCCAUGGGGCUAAACAAACACUGGGUCGACCCGCUGCCAGACGCUGAUGGUCGCCAAAUUGCAGCCAACAUGAGAGGCAUCGGCAUGAUGCCCAAUGACAUUCCCGAGUGGAAGAAGCACGCUUUUGGGGGCAACAAGGCCUCCUACGGAAAGAAGACCCAGAUGUCUAUUCUGGAGCAGAGGGAGAGUCUGCCCAUCUACAAGCUGAAGGAGCAGCUCAUUCAGGCUGUUCAUGACAACCAGAUUCUGAUCGUCAUUGGAGAAACCGGGUCCGGUAAGACCACGCAGAUCACUCAGUACCUGGCAGAGGCCGGUUACACCACCCGAGGAAAGAUCGGCUGCACUCAGCCUCGUCGUGUGGCCGCCAUGUCCGUGGCCAAGAGAGUCUCUGAGGAGUACGGUUGCUGUUUGGGACAAGAGGUGGGUUACACCAUCCGUUUUGAGGACUGCACCAGCCCUGAGACGGUUAUCAAGUACAUGACAGACGGUAUGCUGUUGAGAGAGUGUCUCAUCGACUCUGAGCUGGGUCAGUACGCCAUCAUCAUGUUGGACGAAGCUCACGAGAGGACCAUCCACACUGACGUCCUCUUUGGUCUGCUCAAGAAGACUGUAAUGAAACGCACAGACAUGAAGCUGAUCGUAACGUCGGCUACGCUGGACGCCGUUAAGUUCUCUCAGUAUUUCUACGAAGCUCCCAUCUUCACCAUCCCCGGUAGAACGUAUCCAGUCGAGGUUCUCUACACCAAAGAGCCUGAGACGGACUACCUGGAUGCCAGUCUCAUCACUGUCAUGCAGAUCCAUCUGACCGAACCUCCAGGUGACGUCCUGGUCUUCUUGACUGGACAGGAAGAGAUCGACACAGCCUGUGAGAUCCUCUAUGAGCGAAUGAAGUCUCUGGGUCCAGAUGUUCCUGAACUGAUCAUCCUGCCGGUCUACUCUGCUCUGCCCAGUGAGAUGCAGACCAGAAUCUUUGACCCUGCACCCCCAGGCAGCAGAAAGGUGGUCAUUGCUACAAACAUUGCAGAGACGUCUCUGACCAUCGAUGGAAUCUACUAUGUAGUAGAUCCUGGCUUCGUCAAGCAGAAAGUUUACAACUCUAAGACAGGCAUUGACCAGCUGGUGGUGACCCCCAUCUCACAGGCUCAGGCCAAGCAGAGGGCAGGUCGAGCCGGCAGAACAGGCCCGGGGAAAUGUUACAGGCUCUACACAGAGAGAGCUUACAGAGACGAGAUGCUGACCACCAACGUGCCUGAGAUCCAGAGAACCAACUUGGCCAGCACUGUGCUGUCUCUGAAGGCCAUGGGCAUCAAUGACCUCCUGUCUUUUGACUUCAUGGACGCUCCUCCGAUGGAGACUCUGAUCACAGCCAUGGAGCAGCUCUACACUCUGGGAGCUCUGGACGACGAGGGCUUACUCACCCGGCUGGGUAGAAGGAUGGCUGAGUUCCCUCUGGAGCCCAUGUUGUGUAAGAUGUUGAUCAUGUCCGUCCAUCUGGGCUGCAGUGAAGAGAUGCUCACCAUCGUGUCCAUGCUGUCUGUGCAGAACGUCUUCUACAGGCCAAAGGAUAAGCAGGCGUUGGCUGACCAGAAGAAAGCAAAGUUCCAUCAACCUGAAGGUGACCAUCUCACGCUGCUGGCCGUCUACAACUCCUGGAAGAACAACAAGUUCUCCAACCCCUGGUGUUACGAGAACUUCAUCCAGGCUCGCUCCCUGCGUAGAGCCCAGGACAUCCGCAAACAGAUGUUGGGUAUCAUGGACAGGCAUAAACUGGAUGUGGUGUCUUGUGGCAAAGCAACAGUUCGUGUCCAGAAAGCCAUCUGCAGUGGUUUCUUCAGGAACGCUGCCAAAAAGGAUCCUCAGGAAGGCUACCGAACCCUCAUAGACCAGCAAGUUGUCUACAUCCAUCCCUCCAGCGCUCUGUUUAACCGUCAACCUGAGUGGGUUGUGUACCACGAGUUGGUGCUGACCACCAAGGAGUACAUGAGAGAGGUGACCACCAUCGACCCUCGCUGGCUGGUGGAGUUUUCACCAACCUUCUUCAAAGUGUCCGACCCAACGCGUCUCAGCAAGCAGAAGAAACAACAGCGUCUGGAGCCGCUCUACAACCGCUACGAAGAACCCAACGCCUGGAGAAUCUCUCGUGCUUUCAGACGGCGCUGAGAAGUUUGACAGCGAUGAUGGAGUCAGAUGUAAAAGAGUGUUACUGGUCAUGUGGUCAGACCCUGCUGGUUACCAUCUCAACUGUGUAUGCACUCCUGUAAAAAAAAAAAGAAAACUUACACGAUGUUCAACAGUUUCUAAAUCAAAGUCUGUCUGCGUUUCCUGAAUAUGUCUUAAAGUCUGUGAGAAUUUUAUCGACUUAGUUUGCUCCUAAUUAUUAGAUAUUAGAAUCAAAAUGUCUGUAGCACACACAGGCAGACAGGAUUGAAUUUUAGUGUCAUGUAAGAAAGUUAAAAGCUUUUUACUUUGAAUAGCACUCAACAAUAAACGCAAAGAAAAACCUUCAUAUUUGUCUUUGAGACACUGAUUUUAACAGCAGACUAUUUAUUUUGACUCUGUAAAUUGUAAUAGCAUAAUGAUACGCCUGAAUAAGGACCAGAUUGAUAACAUAAGUCAGACUGGGGUCUUUAUGUUUCACUCGUUAAUACUUGCCGGUGGGUUUAGGGAACUGCAUAUAUGUUUGAUAAAUUUUGUACAAUGCCCGAUGCUUUGACUCACAUGUCUGUGUAUCUGAGACGGUUUCUUUGCUACAUGUAUCAGUGGAAGUAUAAAAAUUUGUCCUCAAUAAAAGAUACAUUUUCUUAAA